AUGCUUAUAAAUGGCAUUUAUUUUAUUUGCCUAUACUUUUUGUCGAUCUCCCAGAAACUUGAAACCUCAGAAAUAGUCAUUACAAUUUUGAGUCAACAAAACGACUAUAAUGUAGAACAAGCACUCAAAUUAAAAAAUAAUAUUUUGAAGCAAACUAAAUCAAUUAAAAAGCCACGGCUAGGUGGAGUAUAUAUGCUUCAUGAACAAUUUCCAGAUCCUGGAAGUUGGACUGUUAUUCCAAUUAUAAAACAAUUAUAUAAAAAUAAUAAACAUGCAAAGUGGUUUUUGUUUUGUGAAGAAAACGCUUAUGUGAAUUAUGACAAUUUACAAUUGUUUUUGAAAAACAUGAACUCUAAUGAAUCUGUAUGGAUGGGAUAUGGUGUAAAAGAUAAACAUCCUACAAUAAUUCAUCAUUACGCAUUUAAAGAAAAUGAAAAUGAAAGGGUUACUUACCCUUUGUUUGCUGCAGGAUUUGUUAUAUCUGCUGAGCUAUUAAAAAAUAUUGCCAAUUCAGGUGUUGAAACUUUGAGUUCAGAUUUUUCAAUUGAUGCAUCUUAUGAGUUAUCAUUAGUAAUCAAUCAAAAAAUUCAACAUCUACCUUUGAAAUUUUGUUUGAAACUUUCACCAGACUGUAUUGUUCAUCCUUUGUCUGAAAGGAGUGAAUGUACACGUUAUGGAAAAGUGACAAAAGAUUCGAUUUAUUUUGCUGUGAAAACUUGCAGUAAAUUUCAUUCAGAUAGAGUACCAGUGUUACAAUCUACUUGGGGCCGAGAUGCCGUGCAUAUUGAAUACUUUAGCGAUAAACUUGACGAUACAAUACCAACAACUGUAUUAGAUGUACCAAAUACUGAAAGAGGACACUGUCUUAAGACUAUCACAAUUUUCAAAUACUUAUCUAAAAAACUUUUGUCGAAUAAAGCUGUGAAAUGGAUUGCAUUGACAGAUGAUGAUACUCUUUUGAGUGUUCCUCGGUUAGCAUCAAUACUGAGCUGCUGGAAUGGUCAGCAAAUUGCACUUGGUCAAAGAUACGGUUACAAUAUUCGAGGAGACCCGUCUUUAGGAUACAAUUAUCUAACAGGUGGAGGAGGUAUUAUAUUUAAUGUGGCAUUAGUCCAUAAAUUGACCACUUGUCAAUGUUAUGCGAUUGAUGCACCUGAUGAUAUGGUGUUAGGCAUGUGUUUGAAAGCUUUAAAUGCUACAGUGGUCCAUUCCCCAGUUUUCCAUCAAGCUAGACCACAAGACUAUGCCGACGAGUAUUUGGAAUCUUAUCCAAUGGUAUCUUUCCAUAAACAUUGGAUGAUAGACCCAAUAGAAGUUUAUCGUCAUUGGCUUUAUCAAGACUCUUCUUUUGGACAUGAUGAGCUUUAA